CUUAACUGUCACUGUCAAUUUGUCGAUACACAAGUUUUGGAACUGACGGCCGACCGUUGUGGAAGGAAAUGAAAAUAAAGAACUACUGAAAAUUUAUAUAAAUUACGAAUAAAAUAAGUAAAACACUAACUUCCUGACAAAAGCAAAAUAUAAACAUGACUGCAGACGGUGAUAACGAGUAUCCGAGGGCUUCUAAUGCUACGCUGAUUGGAGCGAGUAUAACAUACAUAGCAGGAUUGUUUUUGCUGUUGUCCUUUGCUGGCCCAUACUGGAUAGAAUCUUAUCCAGAGAUGUUCUCUUCAUUCAAACAUAUGGGUUUGUGGCAGUACUGUUUCGAAAGAUUUAGAUUUCCCUCAUAUCAGUAUGACAAAUAUUUUGAUGGAUGCCACUAUAUUUUUGGUCAAGAAUUGUAUGUUAUCCGUGAGUGGCUGUUGCCAGGUUGGCUGAUGGCAGUGCAGACAUUUGUAACCCUUGGAUUGAUGCUGUCAUUCACUGCCCAAGUGCUGCUAGCCUGUGUGAUUGUGCGAAUACCAUUGCGCACUGUCCUGAGAUAUGAAUGGAUGUUUGUGUCUGCUGCCUUUAUAAUGGUAUCAGUGUCAAGUGUGUUCCUGUUCUUUGCUGUGGCUAUAUUCGGUGGGAACUGCUACCGUCGCGAUUGGCUGCUCUAUCCUUCAUUCAAUGUCUUAUCUUGGUCAUAUGCAUUUGCAGUUAUUGCCUCCAUUUUGUUUGGUCUGGCAGCGGUGUUGUUGUUCCUGGAGGCGCGCAAGUUGUACGAGAUGCGCUUGGAGGCGAAGAACCUCGUCGCGCAGAUGCAGCACAGCCAGCCGGAGCACGCGCUGCACCAGCUGCGCGACCAGCUGCAUCAACAACAACAACUGGGCUACUUCAGGAACUAAUGCGCUCAAUGCGCGCUGAUAGGGAAUAUGCAUUUAAUUUAAAUUAAAAACAGACAUUUUUCCUUGUAUUCCAUAAUGUACGUAUGUAUGUUAUCGUACUUGCAACAAUAUUACUUUUUUAAUUUAGGUACUCUGUUUUAAUUAUGAACUUUAGUUAUUAAAACGCCGCCAUUUUAUUGGCGCUAUGCGAACGUAGGUAAUGACGUCACUGAUGUCAAAGACACAUUUCUUUUGGUUGGCAUAUAUGAUAACUUAAAAAAUUACACACUUUUCGAAAAGCGCACGUUUCAUUAUAAAUUAAUUUCCCGGGGAUUUUACGUUUCUUACAUAUGCUUAAAAAUGUCACAUGUUUUAAGAUAUUGAAGAAAGUUAUCGCAGGAUACUUAUUAUUAUAAUUAUUUUUUAUGACAAAAAUCGAUUAAAAAAAAAUGCAUAUUUCCUAUUGCGUUCAAGUUUGCGUCACUCACAGAGUUUUCGUUAAUCACACGGCACACUGAUUUUUAAUAUGGCAAAACGCAAGCUUCAAUGUUAAACAUAAGUGACAGUAACUGAUAAUUGUAGAAAAUAUACAACUUUUGACCAACAUAGGCUCUUAGUCCAUAGGAUCGUUCAGUAUUUCGGGAGCAUUCUUUUAUUAAUAUUUGUGAUGGAGAAUCCUGUCAAUUAGAGGCAUAGAUCUUGAGUCUCAAGUGGUAAUUUAGAAGUAAACCUAUACAAAACUAUACAAGACGAAAGAGAAAGAUAUGUAUAGUCGACCAAUAUGCCACCUACCUGCGAAAUCCAAAAAUAUUGCAUUCGCUAUUGUCGCGAUGGAACGAAAGAGGUGGACAAUAUGUCUUUUUUUUUUGCUUUUUUCAUGCUAACGCCUAGCAUGUCGUCGCAUACUAGGCGUGCUUUAGUUUUAAUUUUGUAGAUUUUUGAUAGAUUGAAUAACACUAAAAUAAUUUACAAAGUGUGCUUUAACAUUGGCACAAACCAUUUUUUAUAGGCACUGACUGAGAAAUGCAUUUGAUCUUUUUAAUUACAACACUGUUUGCCUAUUCAUUCUAAUUUUAUAUAUUUUAUAUAACUUCACGAAGUAAAAGUAUAUUAGGGAUGCAGACUUUCACCUUCUAUCCAAUAUGAAAAGCUUUCUAUGUUCCUAGAUACAAUAAGUUUUGAGAAUUUAACACAAUUAACCCAGUUUGACGUUUUGAUGCACUUUAUUAGAACUCGACUAUACGAAAAAUGAAGUAGAAUAAGAAUCUGCCAUAGAUUUCCAACAAACAUUGAAUAGUUAUAAUAGACGAAUAGUCUAUGGUUGUUUAGCAGUCAUGAUAUUUAGCGAUAAGUUAAUUUAAGGAGGUGUACUCAGUUUUCUAGGUAUAUUUAAAUUAUUUUCAUGUGGCACUUUGUUGAAGUGCUAGGUAAAAAUAAUUAUGUAUAAUUGGAAGCUUCUAGUUGCAACAGCACAAGGUAAUAAUUGAUUAAGCAAAGAUGAUCACCAACAUUUUGAAUUUGGCAUGAAUGCUUCAGUAUUAUUCAAUUUCACUCACAUUUGAUAUGAUAAAUUUGAUACACAGUUUGCUUGAAAUACUUUGCCGCUCUAAAGUUAUUGCAAAUGAGUGUAUAGUAUGCAAUUUAUAAUUUUAUAAAUCGCAUUAUAAUUAUAAGUACUUUACAGAUUAAAAAGAUAGAGCGCACUGAACACAACGUUGUCGUAGCCGCUCCAAAUACAAAAUUCAAAAACGAAUACAUUCUCGAGUCAGUACGACACGAAGCGUCGCAUCAGUAACUUUCAAUGUUAUUCAAGACUAGCGUACGCCCGCGACUUCGUCCGCGUAAAAAUCGAUGUCAACUUUCAACCCCUAUUUCACAUUCUAUUUUGCAAGUUUUAUAACUUAUACCCUCAGACCAAUUAUAGAAGGACCUGUAUCGCACUCACAGUCACGAGUAAAAUUGUCUGUCAUUUUCUGAGGAAAACGAGCUUAGAUUUGGUAUAUAUCUUAUACUAAACUAGUAGUUUUUGCACGUUUUUUACACAAUUCAAUUACACAAAAGGUAUUUUUACGGAGCUCUUUAACUUACGAACACAAUUACAACUAUUUAACAUCGAUACUAUAGAGUCAGUUUUUAAAAUCGCAUUAGAUCGUUGAUCAUAUACUUUGACAGAAAAGUAACGUCUAGCGAGGCAGGUCCUAUACAAUAAUUGGUCUGAGCUUAUACCUAAUAAAUAGUCCACUUAUCAUUUUACAUUUACAAAUGUACCUAGAAAAAUUAAGGACUUUCCGUACAAACUUUUUACCCCUACUUCACCCAUUUCUGAUUUUGUUUUCGCGACAAAAAGUAUCCUAUUAUCCUUCUACGUAUUGUGGUCUCAAAUCGUCUUAAGUAUCAUUUGAAUUCAUUCUGUAGUUUCAGCGUGAUGCCCGGUCAAAAAAAGGCAAACAGACAGACAAAAAAUAGAAAAUAUCCUUCAGUAUCGAUCUCCUACCUCUACCCUACUCCUACCCUACCCUACCCAUAAUCUUCCCUAUCCCUACCCCUACCCUACCUCUAACCUAGGCAUACACUCCCCUACCCUGCCCUACCCCACCCUACCCCUACCCUACCUUUACCCCUACCCUACCCUUCACAACCCCUGCCCUACCUGUACCCUACCCUAUACCUUCCCUACCUUACCCCUACCCUUAGCAAAAUCGGUCCAGCCCUAUGAGGGUGGUGCGAUGACAAAGGAAAAUAAAGACUUCUAUGCUAAAAUUAUAAUCUUUGGAUCUACUGGACCGAUUUGAAAGAUUAUUUUACCAAUAGAGAGCUACGUUACUUGCGAGUGUCAUAGGCUAUGUUUGAUUCCCAUAUUCACACAGGAACGGGAACUACGUAAUUGAAAGCGCGGGGCGUCAUAUAGCGGAAUUUCUGCGUCUUUUAGAAGUUUUGUAAUAUCUCCGAAACUAUUUAACUAAUUAACAUACCUCUUUAUAAUAUUAGUGAAGAUAAAUGGUGUCUUGUGUAUUUAAUUUUAAAAACUGUUUACAAAAACUAAAGAAAUAAGAUUAUUUUUUUAUUGGUAAUUAUUGAUUAUUAAAUUAAUUUACGUAAGUGUUGUUAGUAUUAAAUUUUGAAAUACAAAUUAUGAAAACAGUUUUUAUAUGCAGAUUCUAUAUGCAGGCAAGGAGACUCGUGAUGUUUGUUUUUUUUUAAUGGGUUUCUCCGGCUUCACCACGCUGUAAAGACUCACUCUGGAUAAUUCUUUACUCCGUGAAGUACUUAUGAUAAUUACAAGUCACAUGUUAACACCCCUCUUUUUUUACAUUCGGUAUUACUAUAGCUUGGCAACUUCGUGCAUGACAUUCCCGAUGGUCCGCGCGGGCCGAGGGGCGGGCAGCGAUGAAUGAAAUCGUGAUGCACCUCACUUCCCCGCACGCACACGCUCGAUUUCAUACCCGCGUAGUAUUUCCCCCCGUCGCCCGCAUAUCAUGGUAGUGUCAUCAACGAACAUGCCAGACUAUUUGUAUACCAAUGUAUAAUAUACCAAUAUACUCGCAAGCUUAGAUUCCAAUUGAAUUCCAAUUCCAAAUGAAUACGGACUUCUGAACAGCAAAGUUUUGUGAUGCGAACUGUACUUGUAUUCAGAGAAUGCAUUAGAGUAUUUAUGUCAAAUAGUUCUUUAAACAUAUAUUUAUCACAUUAAUACUAUUUAUAUUGUUUUAACUUUUUUCAGGUAUAAACAUUUUUGGUUGUUACAUCUUGCAUUUGCAUACUUUAUAUAUUUUAUAUUUUGUAACGUUUCAAUCAAACUAUUUUAUAAUAUCUGCACUUCAUAUUACUUUGAGGAACUUUAAAUAUAUGUUAUUUUAAAGUUCAAUGAAAUCAAGGAGAUGAAUAUUCUUUUUUGCGUAUUUAAUAGAUUUUAGAUAUUAACUUGGAUUUAUAAAGAAACUUUAAGGUGUAUUUUUAUUGUCCUAAAAGGCGAAUGUACAAAUAACAUGAAAAUGUAUUUUUGAAUCUCAUUUUGAAAUAAUAUGUCCGUCCAAAAUGUAAUGUAUUCAACUAAAAGUUGAUAUUAUGGUUUAUGGUUCUUGUGGUUAUUGAAGAAGCAUUUAACGAAAACUUAAUUAUAUUAUUUUACAUUAUUUAGGUAUUAACUAGUGCCUCGGCAUCACAAUUGUGUUAUACACAAAUCUUACUGUCAAGAUAGACCUAUAUAAUUUCUUUUCUUUCAAUCUCAGCAAAAGUGUUUAGAUUAAGCCAAAAAAUAAUACAGCUUAGCUUAAAGAUUUGUGUGACAUUGGUUUGAUUUCUUUUUUCUUUUUUUAUUCGUAAGAUAUUUUAUUCAAUAUAUUAAGUUUAAUUAUUAAGUUUAGCGUACAAGAAAGUUAGUUAUUAUUAUUAUUAUCUAAUGUUAGUUUUUUGUCAUAUUAAUUACGUUUAGCUUUACGUAAAGUUGUGUUUUAUUCAAAUGGGACAGUGUGGGCGUUACUAACUCAUAGCCCGGGGCGGGGGGUCAGGUCAGUAAUAUUAUAGAAUGAGAAAAUACAUAUUGUUGGUACAGUCACAAGCAACAAGGUUUACAUUUGUAACGUGAGUCAAUUCACUUUGCUUUGCUAUAUUAUUUUUUAGGCUAUAUUAUUUUGAAUCUCUAGCUGACCUUCCCCCUGGUUACGCUCUUGUGAAUAGAUCUUAAAUCAUCAGUUUUAUGUAACUGAUUUUAAAUAACUUCUGUUGAGUUUUUUUCAUACAGAUAAUUAAAAAAAAAAAAAAUUAAAUGCACCUAUUUCAAAA